GAACGAUACAAAAAUGGCAGAAAUGCAAGAAAAAGAAGAAAGGGAAGGAAGAUAUUGGCUAUGGAGGAGAUGCUGAAGAAAUCUGCCAUUGACAAUCGUGAUUUUGUUGUUGAAGAAGAUAUGAAUGUCCAAUGUGAUGUUGAUAAAGAAGAGACCAGAAUCAAUAGAUCGAUACACGAUUAUGAUAGCUCGAACCCGUCUUCGCCUAACGAAAGAGAUUCAGGAAUUAGCAAGCAGGAGAAUCGGCUUGAAUCUGCCAAAGCUGAAAUGGGUGAAGUGAGAGAAGAAAAUGAAAGAUUGAAGAUGUCCUUAGCUCAGAUUGUGAAGGAUUACCAGUCUCUCCAAAUGAAAUUCUAUGAUAUUGUUCGACAAGAACAAGCCAAGAAGUCUACAGAAACAACUUCUCCCAAUCAAGAAAUCGAAGAAGAGCAUGAACUUGUUUCACUUAGCCUUGGAACAAGUUCAAGUGGGCACAAGAAGGAAGAUAAGGGGAGAAGUUGUAGCAAAGAUAAAGAUGAUGAACAGAUGAAAUUAGAAGUAUUGAGUCUCAGAUUGGACAGCAAUUUUGAAGAGCUGGAUGAUGGCUCCAUCAGACCGGUGUUGAAUCCAAGCCCUCAAAAUAGCAUUGAAGAACUAAAGGAAGAGGAGGCUGGACAAGCAUUGCCACCCUCUAAAAGUCUCAAGACAACGAGAAGUAGUGAUGAACAAGUCUCACAGCAAAUCCUUGCGAAGAAAGCUAGGGUUUCCGUGAGAGCAAGAUGCGAAGCCCCAACGAUGAGCGAUGGAUGCCAAUGGAGGAAAUAUGGGCAGAAAAUAGCGAAGGGAAAUCCAUGCCCAAGAGCUUACUAUCGUUGCACUAUUUCUUCAGGCUGCCCUGUAAGGAAGCAGGUGCAAAGAUGUGCAGACGACAUGUCUAUCCUAAUCACAACCUAUGAAGGGACCCACAACCACCCUCUACCAAUCUCUGCCACAGCUAUGGCCUCCACCACAUCCGCUGCCGCUUCCAUGCUAAUCUCUGGCUCGUCAUCUACUUCUCAACAGUUCCACGGAACCUCAGCUCCAAUCACUGCUGCCAAAUUCCAUGGACUGAACUUCAGUUUAUCUGAUAAUUCAAGAUCGAAGCAAUUCCACAUGCAAAACCCUUCAAUGAUCUCAUCUUCUCUUUCUCAUCCAACCAUUACACUAGACCUCACCUCACCUCCACCUUCUCAUUUCAAUAGGUUCUCUUCAAAUAUCUCUUCCACAAUUCCAAGAUAUGCUCCAACAGGUUUCAGCUUCUCUUCAGCAGAAUCCACCACCCUACCAACAUCAUGGUCCAAUGGAUACCUAAGCUAUGGGGCCCACCCAUACAAACAAAACCCAAAUGGGGCUUUGAAUCUUGUAAGGCAAUCUCAAGAACAUCAGUAUCAGUCCUACUUGCAAAAGAACAAUCCAGAUCCAGCUCAGCAGCCGAUGACGGAGACGGUAGCUGCAGCAACUAAGGCGAUAGCAUCCGACCCGAGUUUCCAAUCUGCGUUGGCGGCCGCAAUCACGUCACUCGUUGGUGGGGUUCAUGGAAACCAUGGUGGAGGAGAGAAUUUGAAGUGGGCAGAACCAUUUCAAUCAACAUCUUCUUACUCUACUUCUCCAAAAGAGAAUGGAUGUGCACCAACAUUCUUAAAUAGACCAUCUUCUUCAAAUCCUCCGCAGCGGAAUUUUAUGUUUCUCACACCUUCAUUGCCGUUAUCCUCCAAAAACCCAUCGACAUCUCGUCUAGAUAAUAUGGGGCAUAUGAAAUGAUGAAUUUCAAUCUUUGAAGAUGGAUCUUCAGGUCUUGUUCUUGAUUUUUGAUUUGUAUCUUUUAAUGUUAUUUAGUGUACUGAACUUAUUUACUAUGGAGAAAAUGUUUCGGUAA